GAUAUUAAGGUCAGUUCAGAAAGGAAUUUCACUGUUGCAGAAACUGUCAUGUCUCAAAAUGAAUUACCUAAAAAUAUUUCUAUCAUUACAAAUGAAUGUGUAAAGGAAGGAGAUAUGGAAAACAUUGUCUGUUCAAGGGAAAUGGAUGGAAAUGAAGCACGAUGUGUGCCCAGUGAUGUGCUUUUGAACAUUUUCAAAGAAAAUCUGCAUUUAAAAACACAACUGGCAGUAACAAAACAGCUACUUACGAGACAAUUACCAGAAUAUAAUAUAGACUCAGUGUCACAGUAUUCACCAAUCACUAAUGAAGAAAAAUCUUUAAAUGAUAUAAUUGCAGAGAAUGCUAGUUUAAGAUGUGAACUUCAAAAGGCAAAAUUUGAAUUUGAAGAACUAGAGAAAGAAUUAAAAGAGAUGAUGUUACAAAAAUGUACACAACCCUUGAUAACAGACCUAAAUGAAAAAGAGAAAUUGCAAAUUGUUACAUUUCCAACCAAGGAUUUAAAAUCUGAUAAAGAUGUUGAAUCUGAUGGAGACUUGUCAUCUUCUGAAAAUGUAAGAACAUCGUUUUCACUGCAUAUUUUAACUGAUGCACUAGAUGUACAGAAAAAGCCUCUUGUAUCACAUGAUAAAUGUGUUGCACCUGAAUCCUCCAUCACAACAGAUAUUGGGAAUGAUAUACCCCUGCAACACUCAGAAGGAUGUCAUAACGAGAAUAAUGCGCACAAACCAGAAAUGGUUCAGCAGACUGUGCUCAAACCCACAGUCUGCGAAGUAGCUACAGCUGAAGUACACUCUGAAACACAGAUAAGUAAAGUUGCUCCAGAUUUAAUCAGCAGGGAGAAUACUAUUGAUGGUGUCAUGCCUGAAGAAUGCACCAAAAGAUGCAAUUAUUCUCAAUCAUUUGAAGUAAAAGAUUGUGGAAACAUGAAAUUACAUGAGCAACAGAUAUCAGAUAUUGGUGAAGAAAUGUUUGUUGGAAUUAGUAGUUCAAAGCAAAUUGAAACUGGAAAUAAUAUUUUCAACAAAAGUAAUAAGAUAAUAGUAGAUGGUUCUGAUUGUACACAAUUAUCAAACCUCAACAAUGUAGUAAAAUAUCAUUGUAAUGAUUUACUCGUACAAGCAAAACAUGAAGAAAGUGAUAAUGAACAAUCAAACAUCUGUUCUUCGAAGAAGGCGAUAGAUUCAGAGACAGAUGCAAGCCUUACAUGUAAAGAUAUAGGAACUGCGAACUUUCAUGAUACAGUAAAAUAUCAUUAUAAUGAUUUACCAGUACACACAAAACAUGAAGAAAAUGAUGAUGAACAAUCAAACAGUGUCUCUUCUUCAAAGAAGACAAUAGAUUCAAAGAUAAAUGCAAGCUCCACGUCUAAAGGUAGAGAAACUGUGAACCUUAAUGAUGCAGUGAAAUAUCAUUAUAGUGAUUUUCCAGUACAAGCAAAACAUGAAAGAAGUGAUGAUGAACAAUCAGACAGCAUCUCUACUUCAAAUAAUGCAGUAGAAGCAGAGAUAAAUGGAAGCCCCACAUGUAAAUUUACAGGAAGUAUAAAUCUAAAUAAAGACAGCUGUAAACAUUCAAAUAAAAAUGGGACUGAAAACGAUGAACCACAGUUUUGUACCCAAAAUGAACAGAUAUGUAAAGCUUCAGCUAGUCAAUGCAAUUCUCAGCUGUUUGCUCAAGACCACUCUUACCCUGAAACAAACAUAAAUGCAACAAGAAACCACAAUACAUCAUAUUAUGAUACUUCUGAGUGUAGUGAUAUUGUGGAGAAUGAUCUUUUUAAAAUUUCUCAAAAUCCUAAGGGAUACAACAGUGUUCAACUUGGGAUAUCAGAAAAUGAUUGUAACAGUAACCAAAAUACCAUAGCUAGCACUUCUUACUACAGAGCCUUUAAAACUGGAGCAGAUGGUAUUUGUGGUGAUAAAGCUAGUCAGAGUAGCUUAAAUACUGGAAACAAAUGUCUUGGCUUUUCAGCUACUGCCAAUGGUAGUAAAUGUGCGAGGAAGAAAGUUGUUAAUAGCACAAAAAAUUCAAAAACUGAAAGCGGCAUAACGGCUGAAAUGACUGUUUACAACAAAUCAGGUAGUUAUAGUAAAGCCGUUGGUAAACAGCAGGGAAUAGCUUCCUCCAGAAACCCAAAAUUUUAUCCAGAUCGUGAAGCUGGAAAAAGAAAUGUACAUUUCUAUCAUAAAUUUUCAAAAAUGGGUGUUGAUGGAAGUGAUUCAUUGGAAACAUCCACAACAGGUGGUAGUUCAGAUACAGAAUCGGAAUAUCCACCAAAAACUUGUAACUUUAAACAAAAACAUCCUGUAGAAGGACAGGAAAAUGACUGUGGGUCUCUGAAUAGUCCAAGUUCAGAUUCUACUCUCUGUCAUGAAGACACAGAAACAGAAGAGUCAUGUGAAAAAAAUGAAAAUUUUAAGUUUCAUACUACCAAAGUAAGAAGAGGUACUUCUUCAAACAAUAAAACCCUAGAAAAGGGAAACUACAUGUCAAAAUUCACAACAAUUUCUGAAGAUUUCACCAAGCCUUAUCAGAAAUGUUAUCUUAAAGAGCACCACCAGGCUGAGAUGAAGGAGAAAGCAUCAUUUAAUUACUCUAGUUCAGAGACUUGUUCCUCAUCUUCUGUAUCUAAAGGAAAACAGUGUCACAUGAAUUCAAAAAGAGACAUGUAUUCUGGAAGACAGAGCCGGAUUCCCACUUACAUUAAACCAUUUGGACGCCGAUCAAGUACAAAUUCAGUCAAUGUUAAUAAUCAAUGCUCCAAAACAGAUAACCAAAACUGUUUGUUAAAACUGAACAAAACCUUUAGUGAAAGGAAUAUCUCAGAGUACACAAAAGACAGCAACCUUGGAAACAAAAUGAAGUGUAAUAAGAAUGCCUCAAAAAAUGCAUCAGCAGGAGGUAACAGUCAUUUGCAAAGCGAACUCCAGACUGAAAGAGAGAAAGUGAGGAAGCAUGCAGUGUGCAUCCGGAGACUCAAGUCAGAGCUACAGUUAAUGAAAAACAGCAUGGUGGAGAACAAGAAACCACUGGUGCUGGGACACAAUUCACAAUUGUCCAGGCAGAGAAACAGUAGUGUCAGUGCACCUCAUAGCCCACACCAUUAUAGUUUUACUGCAGCAGAAUUUCAGAAACAGGUAAAUGAGCUGGAACAGAAGGUUAAUGAAGAGCAUGCUUUGAGGUUUUCCCUUGAAGUUCAAGUUAACAAAAUGAGAUAUGAAUUACAGGAAAAAUUUAAUAUAGAAAAGGAAUUGAUGCUGCUUCAAAAUAAGUUGGAGAAUGAUUUUGUUUCCAAGACAGAAAUGGAUGCAGUAAAAAGGAAUUAUGAAGCUGCUUUGGCUAAAGCAAGACAAGAUGCAGAACUAUCAGUGUAUGAUGAUCUUAGACAUAAAUUACAUCAGAUAAAUAUUUUCAUUGAAAAACAGGCACAAGAACAAGCUAACAUUACACAUUUACAAAACAUAAAUGAAAGUCAAAUGCAGCAGGAAUUCAAAGAAAUAAGUUUGAAAAUCUUGUCCGACUUUGCCAAAGUUCAAGCCACACUACAGGAAAAGGAUGAAAAAGAAAAAGAAUUAAAGGAAAAGUAUGAAAAACUUAUAAAAGAAUGUGAGAAAGAGCAAGAAGUACAAAGGAAGAAACUGAUUGAAAAAUCUUACAGUGUGAACUUGACACCAUACAUGAAUAAGAAGGUAAAAGAUGUGAACUCAAAGAGCUGCAUGUUGGAUAUAAGUUCUUCACAACGCUCUUCUUCACUGCAGUCAUUAUGCGCUCGACACUCAACUUUACCCGUAGCAGCUGUUCCUCAUAGCUCAAAUAGCCCAUGGGUGCCAGAUAAUGCUCUGAACUACAUCCUACGUAGAGAGAUGGAGGACAGCAUCAGCAAAAAUUCAUCAUCUGAUGAUGCAGCCAUCCAGUCCAGUACCAACAAGCCUCUGUCUGCAACUGAAGAGCAACUGGAAAUUCUAAGAUUAAAGUACUUUGUCUAUUAGAUUUGUUAUUGCGAAAUGUGUCUGGGCUGACAAAUCAAUCACUUCUAGAUGGCUGUGUUAUCAAAGUUUGCAGUUUAUGAAAAGCUUCCAAAAAAUUGUUUUAGUAAGACAUUGUGUAAACACUGUUUUCACUGUGAUGAAAAUAAUCCAAAUUUUAAUUGAAUGUUAUCAGUACUUUGUAUUCAGAUCUGAUCAUAAAACCUACAAUGAACAGAUUAGAAAUACAUUACUGGCACUUCUUUGCAAUCCAUAUUUAUUGUUCUAUAUCAAAUUUUGUCAAU